UGCUAGCCCAGCAGUGCAUUUGAGAAGCCACAAAUAUAUGACACCAGGUAUAAGAGAGAGAGAAAGAGAUAAGCACUUUUUUUGCAGCGGACUGCUUGUCUAUAUACCUAGAAUCUCGUUUGCUGUUUCUAUGGCGUGGCGGCCAAGUCGAUGAACGCAUUUUAGGCGAGACGGCAAAUCUCAAUAUAUGUCUGUGCAGGCAUUUCCGCCGAACGAAUUUUUAUAGAAAAGUCAGUGCAAAAGUUAAUUUAUACGAACGUUUGCGCCAUCGAAGAUCGUAAUGAGUUUGGGCUGUGGAUCGAUCGGCUGCCAGCUUUGGGGUUAUGUUGUUAUUUUCGAGUCAGAUUUUAUGAAAUAAAAGUUCUUAAUUCAACAUGAGUUUGAAAGGAGGACAUGUAUCCAGAUUAAGCCAAUCUCCAGAUGACAAGCCACGCAAAAGAAAGCAAUCACAGGAAUCAAAUUCAGAGACUGAUAUAUCUUUUAAGCGUAGAAAUAUUGCAGACAAGGACAAAAGGAAGAAAACAAUAAGAAAGCGUAGUCUUUCUAGUGCAAGCUCAAAAUCCAGUAGGAGUUUGGUAUCACCUCCUAAAAGAUCUAACAGAGGAGAUAGAGCAAGUCCUGAUUCUGGAUUUGAUAGAAGAAGAAAUUUUCAAAAUGAUGACAACCGCAGAAACAGAAUUGAUAAUAGAUUUUUUCAACAACGUAAUUACGGACGAUUUCAACAAAAUCGAAACUUUGACAACCAAAGAUUCAAUAAUAGAUUUGAUAACAGAAAUGGCAGAAAUUUUCAACGUAGAGAUAAUCAAUUCAAUCAACGUGGAUUUCAGGAUAGAAACAGAAACAACAGAAAUUGGAAUCAAAACAAUAAUGAGAGAAGAUUUCAGAACCAGAGAAAUCAAGGAAAUAACUGGAACAGAAAUAAUCAACAAAAUUUUGAUAGAAGGCAGUCUGAUAGAUCUAUGAAUUCUGGAAAUAGAUUCAAUUCUGGUGAUAGAUUCUUUAAGCAAAACACAUCAAACGAUAGGUUUGCUCAGAAUCGUAGUCCACAAAGAGAUGUUGAGGUGAGAAAAAUAAAGGAAACAAAAAAAAAAAAGAGCUCUAAGAAUUAUGAUUAUGACCAUGAAAAUAUAGAUGAAAAGCCUCAUCUAGAUUCAUCUCCAGAACCAAAACAAGUUGCAGAAGAAAGAAUGCAAAUGACAAAAUUAGAGCCAGAAAAGCCAGUUUCCGAUAAAAAAAAGAAAAAGAAAAAAAAUCGGAUAGCAUCGCCGUCUUCAUCUUCAGCAUCAUCUUCAAGUUCAGAGAGCGAUUCAAGUGAUUCUAGCGAUUCUAGCAAUGAUUCAAGUAGUAGUAGUAGCAGCAGUAGUUCUGAAGAUGAAAAAAAGAAGAAAAAGAAAAAGAAACUUGCCAAGAAACUUAAAAAGAAAGAGAAAAAAAAGAAAUUAAAGAAAAAGAAAAAACUAAAGAAAAAAAUGAGUAAAAAAGCAAAAGCGGCAGUAGUAGAAGAUACAAGGCCCAUCAAUAAAAUAGAAAUAGAUCAUGAUAGAUUACUUAGUGAUAUAGCUUUAGAGCAGUCUAAAAGAGCAAAAGCAUUGGCUCCAAUGUCUAAAAAAGAUUGGGAGAAAAAACAAAAUGUAGUUCGCAGAGUUUAUGACGAGGAAAGUGGAAGGCAUAGGUUAAUUAGAGGUGAUGGUGAAGUUAUAGAAGAAAUUGUAAGCCGUGAGCGGCAUAAGCAAAUAAAUCUUCAAGCAACUAGAGCUGAUGGAGAAUACUUUCAGUCACAAUUAAGAAAGAAGUAAAAUAAUGAUCUUGCAAAGCUAAUGCUUGCCUUCUAAUGGGACUCUUCAUGAAUUGCAUGUGUAUUGCAGAUGAUGUCAAAUUUUUAUAGAUUUAAAUUUAUGAUAUUCAAUUGAUUGUAAUACCUAAUACCACUUUGUAGGUAUAAAUUGGAUUUAAAAACUGAUUAUGAAAAAUUUAA